AUGACUCUGACUGUGACUCUGACUGACUGUAACUCUGACUGUGACUCUGACUGUGACUAUGACUCUGACUGUAACUCUGACUCUGACUGUGACUCUGACUGUGACUCUGACUGUGACUCUGACUGUGACUCGGACUCUGACUUAGGUCUGUCCUUAACCCAGGUCUCCACGUGGUUUGAGCACGUCUCCAUGAUCGUGAUUCUCCUGAACUGUGUGACUCUGGGGUUGUACCAACCCUGUGAAGACGUCACCUGUCAGGCCGAGUGGUGCCUCAUACUACAGGUGUUUGAUGACUGUAUCUUUGCGUUCUUCGCGGUGGAGAUGGUCAUUAAGAUGGUGGCUCUGGGGAUCUUCGGUUCUAAGUGUUACCUUGGCGACACCUGGAACCGACUGGACUUCUUCAUCGUCAUGGCAGGGAUGAUGGAGUACUCUCUAGACGGACACAACGCUAGUCUGUCCGCUAUCAGGACCAUACGGGUGCUGCGGCCGCUCCGGGCAAUCAACAGAGUGCCUAGCAUGCGUAUCCUGGUGACUCUGCUACUAGACACUCUCCCCAUGCUGGGUAACGUCCUGCUCCUCUGUUUCUUCGUCUUCUUCAUCUUCGGCAUCGUCGGCGUGCAGCUGUGGGCGGGGCUACUGAGAAACAGGUGCUUCAUGGGAGAAGACUUCAGAACGCUCUAUAACCUGUCGUUAAGUGUGUACUACCAGCCGGAGGAGAGCGAGGAGGACCCCUUCAUCUGCUCAGCAAUUCGGGAGAAUGGAAUGUUGCGUUGCCAUGACGUCCCGCCCUACAGCGAGGGAGGGGCCGAGUGCUCACUGCCCGCGCCCUCUCUUGGCGGGGAGGACGGGGCCAGAGACGGAUGUGUGAACUGGAACCAGUACUAUAACGUCUGUCGGCCCGGCAACGUCAACCCUCACAAAGGAGCGGUGAACUUUGACAACAUAGCUUAUGCAUGGAUAGCCAUCUUCCAGGUGAUAACUCUGGAAGGCUGGGUGGACAUCAUGUACUACGUUAUGGAUGCUCACUCCUUCUACAAUUUUAUAUAUUUUAUACUGCUCAUCAUAGUGGGCUCUUUCUUCAUGAUCAACCUGUGCCUGGUAGUCAUAGCGACCCAGUUUGCGGAGACGAAGCAGCGCGAGAACGCGUUGAUGCGCGAGCAGCGAGCGCGUUACAUGUCCAACGACAGUACUCUGGCCAGCUACAGCGAACCGGGAUCCUGCUAUGAAGAGAUGCUGAGAUACGUCUCACACCUCUACCGUAAACUGACCCGACGAGUACAACGUCUGUACACAACCUGGCACAGUAAGCGUCGUAAGAAGGUAAACCCUAACGGAGGAGGAAGUGGCCCGGGGGUCGGCCGCAGAACGUCCAGAAACGCCCCCUGGCUCCGCCCCGUACACAACCUGCUGCAGCAUCACCAGCGCCACCACUGUCGGCAUAGCAACGGAGGACACACCCCCGAAGCAACAGGUGGGGAGGAGCUGGAGAUGAGGUCACUUCCUGUCCCGGGUCGUGACCCCUCUGUGACCCCUGGGCUGGGGUCGUCUCUCCUGGGUCGUCUGAACGGAGGGAUGAACUACCCCACCAUCCUGCCCUCCUUCAUCUGCAGCUUCACCCCCACACACCCCCACAACCCCCUCCCCACACACCCCCUCAAACCCCUACCCACACACCCCCUCCCCACACAGCCCCACAACCCCCUCCCCACACAGCCCCACAGCCUCCUCCCCACACAGCCCCACAACCCCCUCCCCACACAGCCUUACAGCCCCCUCCUCACAAACCCCCACGGCCCCCUCCUCACAAACCCCCACAGCCCCCUCCCUACACACCCCCACAACCCCCUCCCCACACACCCCCACAACCCCCUCCCCACACACCCCCACGACAACCCCCUCCCCACACACCCCCACGGCCCCCUCCCCACACAGCCCCAGAGGCCCCUCCCCACACAGCCCUCGCCCCUCCCAGAAAACAGCCCGGACCCCCUCAGCAAGCUGCACCAACUCAUGGGACAGCACAGCCGUCCUCGGCUGCUGUACCAGCUGGCUGGCGUGGUGCCCUCCCCGCUUCUCCUGGAGCUGUUGGGCUGCCCGCUGUGUGCCCGCGCCCUAGAGGGCAUGGAGCUGGACCUGAGCGACCCGGAGGGUUCUAGGGGAGAGGCGCACACCUUGCACGACUUCCCCCAGGGAGGAGAGGGACGCGGCGGCCGUGGCAGGCGCCGGCGCAAGGCGGGGCUGGGGGUAGGGCUGGGGCUCGGGGUGAAGAGGGCCGGUAACAGACUGGUGGAGCUAGGGACAGGAUUCAGAGAGAGACUGAAACGCAUCGUAGACAGCAAGUACUUCAACAGAGGGAUAAUGACCUCCAUCCUCAUCAACACUCUCAGUAUGGGGAUAGAGUACCAUCAACAGGUAAGACUGGAUGGGAGUGUACAGUCCUCAUUCCCCCUCUCUGUCUCUCCGUCCUGUCUUUAAUGGAGUGUACAGUCCUCAUUCCCCCUCUCUGUCUCUCCGUCCUGUCUUUAAUGGAGUGUACAGUCCUCAUUCCCCCUCUCCGUCUCUCCUUCCUGUCUUUAAUGGAGUGUACAGUCCUCAUUCCCCCUCUCCGUCUCCGUCCUGUCUUUAAUGGAGUGUACAGUCCUCAUUCCCCCUCUCCGUCUCUCCUUCCUGUCUUUAAUGGAGUGUACAGUCCUCAUUCCCCCUCUCCGUCUCUCCUUCCUGUCUUUAAUGGAGUGUACAGUCCUCAUUCCCCCUCUCCGUCUCUCCGUCCUGUCUUUAAUGGAGUGUACAGUCCUCAUUCCCCCUCUCCGUCUCUCCUUCCUGUCUUUAAUGGAGUGUACAGUCCUCAUUCCCCCUCUCCGUCUCUCCUUCCUGUCUUUAAUGGAGUGUACAGUCCUCAUUCCCCC